AGUACGAUUUUUGCACAAAAAGUCAACGAAACCGAAAAAAAUGAGAUGGCAAUCGGCUUCGGAAUUUCGUGGUGGGUGGGACUGUUGAUACGUGCUUCAUUGGAGUCACUAGUCAGUCGGUUGAAGGACCGACGGUCACCUUACCCUCUUACUAAACCUUGCUUGGCUGCCGCCGACCAACCCAAGCCAACGACGACAACAACAUCUUCAUUGUCGCCUCUAUCUAUCGAGUUAGUUGUCAGCCUUACAAAGUAUUGGAAUGCUUGUGAGCUGCGAGACUUAGAUCCAUCUCUCACUUCUCACUUUGCUCUAGUCGGAAGUGAUUCUUUCAGUUAUUCAUUCAUCAUCAUGUCUGCCUACCCACCCAAGAAGGAUGAAGACCCCCAGGCAUCGACUGCCGUGGUGCAUCGCAUUCGCAUCACCUUGACCAGUCGCAAUGUCGCCAACAUUGAAAAGGUCUGCCGCGAAUUGAAAAAGGUGGCCUUGGACAAGAAGCUCCAUGUCACAGGACCCGUUCGUAUGCCCACCAAGCGAUUGACCAUUACCACUCGUAAGGCUCCUUCCGGAGAAGGUACCAACACGUGGGAUCGAUUCGAAAUGCGCAUUCACAAGCGUCUCAUUGAUCUUCAUGCGCCUUCCGAUGUGGUCAAGCAAUUGACUUCCAUCCCCAUUGAACCUGGUGUAGAAGUGGAUGUUACCAUUAAUGAUCGUUAGACAGACAAUCAUCUAUCAAUCAGUCAAUCUACACUGCAAGUAAGCAAGCUAGUAGUGAUAGUGUAAUGAUCUAAUUAACUGGUGGACUUUGGUACCUCGGUAUUACUAAAGUCUCCUUCGUUGAGGCCCAACUAGACUUGCUACCUCUGCAAGCCCUGUAGUCGUUCGAAAUCUUGCUGUUACGAACAACCGGACAGUGCGUAUUGACAGCAUCUGCAUGUGUUUUGUUUAGGCCGGGACAGAGCUGCGUGAAGCUCCGAGAUGGGGUUCCACGCAAGUCCAGCCAUUCCGAGCUUCGAGAUGGCCCCAUUGGUGCAACCCCAAAACCGGGGAACGCCCUCGGUAAGCCGCAAGAGGUGCUCUCAGAGGAGACCGUAUCUGUGCAACUGCGGGCUUUUGUAGACGGCUAUGUUACCUCGUGCUAUUCAUCUAGUCUACUUCAACACUACCGGUACCAGUGCGUGUACUACUAGCUACAGUACGGUAGUAGUAGGUCCAGACUUCAUUGCAUCAUAUUACUGUUUUGAGUUCCGGCGCCUCCAUGCCUCCAAGCAGCUUGCGAGAUUGUAGCUGGGUAUGAGAAAGGCAUAAUAGUACCAUCAGACAAAUUUGCUGGCUUGUUUCUACCCUGCCACCAAGCUCGUCGAUGCAAUUGGUCUCGAUUCUCGAUCAUCAACAAGUACCAACUGAAUUCAGAACAUACAUGCAUUCACUUACUGAGGACUGCAGCCAGCUUGUAGUACAUUUCGACCUUG